AGGUUUGGGCUCUCCCAAACCUCUCCCAAGCUCCCUUUCAAAGGAGACACAAUCUCAGAGUGAUAAUCUUAAAGGGAACAGUUCCCUUCCCUCUUCACUUCCUUGUUUGUUUGUUUUUGUCUCUUUUUACAAAUAUUCUCAGGUCUCCCCAGCCUAAAAAAUUCUUCCCUUGAUUUGUUAUAUUAUUAAGCUUUAUUCCUCUCUUCUUCACUUCACUUAGUUGCUUACAAUGCCUAGAACUUAAUAAACACUUGGUCUUUUCUUCCCUCCUGCCCCCCAUAGUAGAUGUCCAGGCCCAGAAGAGAGUAGCUAAACAAGUUAGUUAUAGCUUUACACUAGUGUCUCUAUGUUUAUACACCUAAGUCAAUGCUCAACCUUUGAGCAUCCCAGAGUGAUCUGGGUAAAAGUAGAGAGCCCCUAGCCAAGGGAAAUUCAGUGCUUUCCGUUUAUCGGAUGAUCCCUCCCUCCACCCUUUUGAUUGGCACUUCCUCUUUCUGCCAAGUCCUGCUCUGCAGUCAUUUGUUAGGUCCCUGGGAUAUCUCAGCCUCAAGCCCACCUGGCUCUGUUCUCUGCUAGAACCGGGACAAGAGGACGAGAAAGCCAGUUCAUAGAGUCAAUUGUCGCCUCCGAAGAGUGGUCAGGGAGUGCUACAGCUGCUCAGAAUGGCAUCCCCUGGAAAUGAGAGGCCAUCACUUUGCUUUAGAGAAGAAAACUUGCUACCAAUGAGAGAUUCCAGCUCAUUGUUUGCUGGAUCUUCAAGGAGGGAGCAGAAGUUUUGGCAGGAGCAUCACAACAAAGGGAGCAGUAAUCAAGAGGUCCAAAAACAAAUGAGGCAGAUCAACUCGGGCAAAACAAGAUGCAAACCAAUCAAUACCAUCAUUCACAGCCCAAAGGACACGAUCAAGGAUAUCUGCACCGAUCCCAGCAGCAAGAAUGUGCCUUGCAAGAACGGGCGAGACAACUGCUUUGUAGGUGCAAAGCCACACCCUGUCACCAUCUGUGAGGAGAAGGCAAACUCUCAGCCUGGUAAAUGUCGCUACAACUGCACAAAGAAAGAAGCAGUCAAAGUCACUGUGGCCUGUGAGAAUGGGAGGCCUGUGCAUCUCGAACGCACCCAUGAUGAACUGUGAUUACCCUGAAAUGUUCUCCUUUUGAAAGAUGAUCCACUCUUCCAGCGAUAGAAGCAAGAGCUGUCAUAUAGACUAGGCUCAUUUGCUUUCCUUAAAACCAUCCUCAAACCUAAUUAACCCUUGAUUUUGCAAUUCUAGGGGCUAAAGAACAAAAGCCAGAGAAGUAAGCAGGAGUUGCUUUCCUUCCUCAAGCUAUCCUGAAGUGCCAGCCCAAUCUAUGGUCCAGGAAAUAUACCCGACUAAAUCAAUGCUAUGUCCUUGCUGAGUAUACUUUCUGUGUCAGAGCUAAGUAAACCUUUUUUAACUGUU